AUGCCGCUGCGGAAGCGAUCGCAGGGUCCUUCAGGUUUUGUCACCCAGAAGGACGUUCACUCUGAGACACGUGCGAAGGCCUUGCAACUUUGGCAGAACAUGCGGUCUGUUUUGCUUCCGCUCUCUUCAGUUUUGCAGGAGCUUUCAGGUUCUUCCCACCCAGAGAGUUUGGAGGACAGGUUGCUGAGCGGGGUGUCUGAGACCACUUUACUCCGCUAUCUUCAAGGUUUCAAGGGCUUUUUGCAUGCGCUACACACCCUUGAUCGAGCCUUGGACUCCUCUCUUCGUCAAGUGGACAUUGCAGAUGCACUCUUAACAAUGCACAACAUGGGCACUCAUGUGCUUAAUGGCCUCAAGUCCUUGCGUUGGGCCCAGAAGACGUUGCUUUUGUCCCUCCCGGAUUUGUACCAGGGGCUCAUGCGCUCCGUGUCCUACAGGGUUGAGAGUGAUAGGAAGGAGGCAUUCCCUCUGCCCCUUUUUGUCUUGGCUGCCUUAGAAAGGCAAUUGCUGCUGGAUAUGGGCUCUCCUGCUCGCCGCCUUUUCAUUGGGGCAGUUUUGACUUCUUGUUGGAGCAGCCUUCUUCUCAGCACGUUUCAUGGAGCUCCAUACAGGCAGGAGUGGGACGCCUUAGAGGCGAGUUUUGGCUCUGUCACUCCAGAUUGUCUCUUCUUCUCGUCUGCGGCAGGCGAGUUUCAGCCUCUCACGUAUGGCGAGGUCCUCAACCAAUUGCGUGGUCUUCUGAUUUCCAUUGGUUUGAGUACCGAGGAGGCCGGCACCUUUACAGUUCACUCGAUGAAGGUUUGCCUUCUUUCCGUCAUGGCGCAACGUGGUUUCCGAGUCUCCCGCCGGGAGGCUCAGGGGCAUCAUAAAUCCUCCUCUCACAGUGCCAAGCUUUACAGUCGCGACGAUGUGUGGCCAGCUUUGGCAGCCCAAAAGUCCUUAAUGCGCAGCAUCUCUCAGGGGUGGUGGCCGUCCACCCCUCUGGCCCGCGGCGGUCGUCAUCCGGUUCCGCAGCGCGCCAUUGCACACCUUUCCGUGGAAAUCCAGCCAAUAGCACCUCACCCCCGCUUUCCAGUUCUGGACGCCUCCUUGCACUCUGUCCCCGUCCGUCUGCAUCACACGACCGUGCUGGGCCUUCUUCACCCACUGCAGCUGCUGAUGUCUCUUCAGACUCCUCUUCAUCGUCCGAGACGAUUGCCCACGCUGCUGAUGCGUUUCCACAGGGCAGUGCACGCCAGGCAUCCUCCGCAGAUGCUGACGAGUGUGAGGCCACAACUGAGCAACUUCUGGCCCGCAGUGGUGCGGCUCGAAUCGACAGUUCUGGUGGGGCUCCGUGUUCAGGUGUUUGCAUCUGGAAUGCAAAGUGAUGCCAGCGAGAUUCUCCUUGCUGCUCUCGAGCGUGUGCUCUCCUGUGGGGUUGGAAUCAUGGCUUCGGCGGAUGUUCCGGAUCUGGACGAAGAAUUGCUGGCUCUGGCAAUUCAAUGCAAGGUGCCCGAGGCAUACCAUCAGUGCCUCUCAGGCUUCGAUGUUCCUCUUUUCGGCCUUCGCGCCAGCACUUGCACUGAGCCCAAAGCUCCUUCCUCGGCUUCGACAUCUGGGUGGGUCGAGCAGUUCCCGCCCAAGUUGUCAGGUGAGCAGGUCAUCCAGCUGCGUUCCGCCUUUGGAGCGUCCUAUCCGGGCGAAGUGUUGGACCACGAGAACACCCCCGGCAGUCGCAUGUUGGCUCUUACUUCGAAGGUGAUGCAGCCGGGUGAGCAUAAGUGGAUACCCUGGAAGUUUCGGAUGAGCAAGGCUCAAGAGGAAGCUUUCAACCUUCGCCGGCCCUCCAAGGUCCCGAAGUUCGAGGACUUCAUCUACGAUGAGAUUCCAGCUCGAGAACUUCCGCAAGGCCAAGUUGGCGCAUCAUUUCUUCAAGGGGUGCUCGGCCUCAUGUCGGUGUCGGCAUCCUUGGUGCAAGGGGCACAUCUCCACAAUCUUCGCCUCUAUGAGCGCAAGUUCAUCAAGUUGGCAUGCUCACGCUUGGAAGGUUCGACUGGCCUCAGACAACCUAACAUCGAGGAGUUACAGGCUGCCGACCGACAUCUCUGGGGUAUCAUGGCUGACUUGGUCAACGUGCACAAGUGGACGUUGAAUGAUGCCUUGACUGAGGUGGUUGAAAUCCGCGGUGAUAUGUCAGCCAUGCUCCAGCCACGUGCAGCUGUCUCUAAGUUUCGGCCAGAGGGCAGGAAGGGUGAUGGCAAGAAGGGCCGUCCCCCUCAGGAGUCUUCAUCUGGCAAGGGUGGCAAAGGUCAGCGCUGGGUUCUCUCUUACCAGGACAAGUCUGGGGCACGCGAGAAUCUCUGUCGUGGCUACAGUUCUCGUGACGGAUGCAAGUUUGCGAAUUGUCGCUUUGAGCAUUUGUGUCCGGUCCCAGGUGGCAUGUGCUCGGCCACUCUGGAGCAGCAAGAUCUUGUGCGGUAUGUGAACGCAUUUCUCGCGCACCUUUUUCCUGAAGGCACUUGGACGAGCAUCUGUGUUUCUCACAAUGAGUUUGCGCACAUCCACCAGGAUUUCAACAGCCCCGACUCUCAGAAUUACACCCUCAGCCUGGGGGCCUUCUCGGGCGGAGGCUUGUGGUUGGAAGGCGACGCUUCAGCUUUUCCAGGCUACACCUUGGUGCCGCCUCCAGACAAGGAGGCAGAUCAGUCCUUACGUGGGGCCAUUGUGUGCACUCGGCGGGCAGGAUUCUCUUUCAAUGGCCGCUUGCGCCACUGCAGCGAACCAUGGGUUGGCGAUCGCUGGGUCGUCAUCGCUUAUACGGCGCCGAAUCCGGAUGCUCUGUCCGCUGAUGACGUCUCCUUGCUGGCGGCUCUUGGUUUUCCCUUGCCUCGCGUGUCGAGCACACCUCCACCGCCAUCUGCUCGAGGCAGUGUCGUUGCAACUCCUGCUCCGGAUGCACAGGUCACGUGCCCAUCACCAACGCUUCCCGAGCAGGUCCUGCCUCCGCACUUUCCUGCCCUGCGACGGAAUCUUUUCCUCGAGUUGUGUUCAGGCAGGAAUCGGCCACUUUCCUCUGCGGCUCUCAGGGCUGGUGUCUCUGUCAUAUCAGUUGAUAUCCUUCGCUCAUGUGAGCAGGACAUCCUCCAGGAUAGCACUUACGAUGCUUUGUUGCGGCUGGGGUUCUCCGGUCAAGUGACACUUGCGAAUGCAUCUCCACCAUGCACUGAGUACAGCCGUCUCAAGUUGCUGGAUAAUGCAGGCCCCCGCCCUCUGCGUUCACCGGACCAUAUGGAAGGUUUCCCAGACUUGAAUGCUGAGGAGAAGCACCGUUUCGAGCAAAGCCGCUUGCUCCUUUUUCGCUCCUUGCACAUCCUCCGCGCUGUGUGGUGCGGUGGUGGCCACAUUAGCUUCGAACACCCUGCCAACAGCCUUGCCUGGCUCGAGAAAGAGACCCAGGCUUUUCUUAAGCACGUUUCCGCCGAUCUCAACUGCAUUGCGGCUUGUCGGUUUGGGGCAGAUUGGUACAAACGUUGGCUCUUUGCUUGCACUUGGCGGGAUAUGCAGGGCUUGGCGUGUGCUUGCAAUCACGCUCCCGACAGCCACCAACAGGUGGUUGGUGCUCGCAACUCGGAUGGCACCUGGGCCUCAGCUGCUACUUCUGAGUUCCCUCCUGCACUGGCGGAGGCGUAUGUGGCUGCUGCGCUGCCCUUGUUCGAGACGUGUGCAGAUCCAGUUGAUUUGUCCUUGGCCCAGCUCCCCUUCCUUGUACCCAAGAAGGGCAUGCACUCUCCUCCUUUUGGCACGCAAGAUGGCGGCGGCAUCUUUUCCUGCCCUGAUUGGUCUAAGCCCCCUAGCGAUGCUGUGGAUGUCUUUGACGGCUUGCGCCAAGAACUUGUGCAUUACCUGUUGUCUCGCAAGGCACCUCUUCGCCUUCAGGAGCAUGUUCAAAGUCAAUGCGAGGAUGCUCUGUUUUCCGCGGAUGAAGUGCUGGCUCUUCGCGCCAUGUGGUCCUCCUGGUUCACUCGCAAGGGCUGGCCUGCCCCCGAUUGGACAGUUCCACCUUCUCAGCCAUAUUGUCUUCAUGCCCUCUCCGCUUUGUCCCGAGCCAUGGGCGAUCGAGAUGACAUGCUGUUUCCUUGCCUGUUGGAGGGCAUCCCCACUGGUUUCUUCAAUGACAUCCCGAGGAGCAACGUCUUCAUCCCGGUGGAAGACGUGGGCAGCCUGGCCUCCGAUGAUCAACUGCAGAUUUGCGAGAGCAAUUGGCAGGGCGCACGGGAGAACCCAGCUAUCCUGCACGAGUUGGUGCAGAAAGAAGUCGAUGAAGGCUGGCUGGAAGAGGUUCCUCUCUCCGAGGCAAAGCAACGUUGGGAUAAAAUCGCGGUUGCCAAGCUGAACGUGGUCCUUGCUGAAAACAAGAAGCCCCGCUUGAUCAUGGAUGGGACUAUCAGUGGGACCAACCCGAGCUGUUUCAUGAACGAGAAGUACAACCUCCCUGGCCUGCAGGAUGUUCGCUCUUGCUUUCCUCUUCGCGGGUGCCACUCUCAGCACGCAGGUUUCAGUUUGGAUAUCCGGGCCGCGCAUAAAACAAUCCGUAUCAAGGAAUCGGAGCGUGGUCUGUGCGGCAUUAAGCUGGAGGAUGGCCGCCAUUACUGGUAUCGCGUGUGCCCCUUUGGUACGAAUUUCUCAGCUCUUUGGUGGGCGCGGCUUUCAUCCUUCAUGAUCAGGGUUUUCCAUCUUCUAUUAUGGGUCGCACAUAUGCUCAGCAUUUAUGUGGACGAUCUUUUACUGGUCCAGGACGAUGCUGUGGUGGCAGUGUUCGGCAGCUUGCUUCUUUCUUUCUGCCAAUCCUUCGGGAUUCCUCUUUCCUGGGCCAAGGUACAACUCAGUCAUGAGCUGAAGUGGUUGGGCUGGUGUUUUAACUUUCGCGCCGGAACGUUCUGGGUUCCAGAAGAUAAGCGGGCCAAGCUGCUGCACCAAGUCCGGGUUCUUCUCAGAAAAGGUCCUGUCGAGAAACAGGCCCUAGAGCAGACCGUGGGUCUGUUGAUGUGGAUAACUCAGGCAUCGGUGCAGCUGCGCCCCUGGCUUUGCAACCUUUGGCGGGAUCUUCAACGUCCGGCAGCGACAAACUUCAGCAUCUCUUCCAGUGAAUGGCAGACGCUCAAGGAUCACCUGGACGAGAACUUGCGGUUCUGUUCUACCCCGCCUGGGACGGCCAUUCCAUGCGGUGCUACCUUGAUCUCUGCCCGACACGUCCCACUUCGCAGCAAGGCAGAUCUGUGCAAGGUCCCUUUGACAACUCGUCGCGUCUACAUGCGGAUUGCUGACCCGCAACACCGGAAGCGGCAUGUGUCCGAGGCGAGCCGUCGCUUCUUGCUCUUCUGGGAGGACUGGUGUCUCCAGUCUCCAUCACUCACAUGCUUGCAACCUUCUUGCAGGGCGAUCUCCGCAACACUUGCAGCCGAUGCGUUUGCUUCCAGCCUGUGCAUUGGGAUUGGGGGCUUUCUUCGUGUCCAGGGUUCCUCGGCAGUUUGGUUCAGUGAACGUUUUGCUCUCUCCGAUAUGCAAUGCUUGGGGGUGCCUCUCGCCCCGGAUGCUCAGAAGAACAUUGGUUGCUGGGAACUGCUCGCCCAGAUGGCCUUGCUCAUCCUCUUUGCGGAGGUCUGUCCGGGUGGUCGUGCUGGCUUGUCGCUCCGCACCUUCUGCGAUAACAGCGCGGCUGAGUCAGCAGGCAAUCGCAUGCUGACAACUUCCAGCCCCCUUUGCUUCUUCGCGCAGCAACUGGCGUGUCUUUCAUUCAAGCUCGGCCUCACCUUGGACAUCCAGCACAUCUCCGGCUUUCGCAAUACAGAAGCAGAUUUCUUGAGUAGAUGGCAGCCGCCGGAGGAGUUGCAGCACGGGUUUGAGCUCUUGUACAGGUUUCAAGGACAAGAGGCUGACCCGGAAGCCUUCCAGGAGAUAACCGAUACCUUGGUUCGUGGGCUUCGGGAAUACCUUGAGGAUAUCCAUGACUUUGCGUGGAACGGAGCGCUGGCCAAUCUUGGCUGCGUGGAAAUGGUUGGUGCCCAUCUGCCCAUGAGCACGGAAGCAGUGGACUACGACGAGGCGAGGGGUGAAUGUCCAGUCAGACUAGCUGAUGCACCGCUUCUGGAUGGGGUGAUGGCUGCUGGCGUCCCCGUGCGAAGUGCACUCAAUGUGGUGGAACACAGCUUUUGGGUGAGCCAGCGGUUUCCCCAUGUCCCUGGCGCCGCCGCGCCUCUCCGCUGUCCGCUUGCAAUGCGUGUGGGAUCGCCAGUUGGUUACGGCCGCGUUUGGCAGAUGGUAUCGAGCGCAGUUCAUGCAUUUAUGGCCACAUGCCGACCAUUGCUUCUAGAUGAGGCAUCCACUUCGGAGGAGGUGAAAGUCGUCUUGCGGCAAGACGACAGGCAAUCUGGGACAGAGGCUCCCGCCGUGUCCGACUGCCGUGACCCAGCGGGCUGCUGCGAAAAUGUCCACCUUGCUUGUGCUCGUCUGCAUUCUUCGAGGUUGGAGGGGGUAGAUUGCAGUUCCUCGCUCAUCGCGGGAAGUUUUGUCACCCAGAAGGACGUUCACUCUGAGACACCCAGAGAGUUUGGAGGAGGCAUUCCCUCUGCCCCUUUUGUCUUGGCUGCCUUAGAAAGGCAAUUGCUGCUGGAUAUGGGCUCUCCUGCUCGCGAGUUUCAGCCUCUCACGCAUGGCGAGGUCCUCAACCAAUUGCGUGGGGUGGUGGCCGUCCACCCCUCUGGUCGCGGCGGUCGUCAUCCGGUUCCGCAGCGUGCCAUUGCACACCUUUCCGUGGAAAUCCAGCCAAUAGCACCUCACCCCCGCUUUCCAGUUCUGGACGUCUCCUUGCACCCUGUUUCUGAGCCUGGUCCGUCUGCAUCACACGACCGUGCUGGGCCUUCUUCACCCAUGGCAGCUGCUGAUGUCUCUUCAGACUCCUCUUCAUCGUCCGAGACGAUUGCCCACGCUGCUGAUGCGUUUCCACAAGGCAGUGCACGCCAGGCAUCCUCCGCAGAUGCUGACGAGUGUGAGGAACAUGUCCUCGUAUCCCCCAAGGGCGUGUGGCAUGUGGGCUUUCCCCACAGUGGCCCGGAUGGUUCCAGCUUCGUGCGUGCAGGCAAAGCUGUUCUUUUGCGUCCUAAGUGCGGCGCUUUGGCUCGCUCCUACUCGGUUCAGGACAAGGAACCGCCUCCGGAUGCCCGUCUGUGCAUGCAUGCCACAACUGAGCAACUUCUGGCCCGCAGUGGUGCGGCUCGAAUCGACAGCUCUGGUGGGGCUCCGUGCUUCGCAACGUGCUUCAAGGUGCCCGAGGCAUACCAUCAGUGCCUCUCAGGCUUCGAUGUUCCUCUUUUCGGCUGUUUGGCCGCCUCAGCCACAGACUUCGCGCCAGCACUUGACACUCUCCUCGAGAAGGUUUCUGCCCCGGAAUCCGCCGCUGAGAUCUUGCUGGUUCAGGCUUCAUUUCGGCUUCUCUUUCAGAAAUGCAAUAACCAGGCAGCCGCUUCGCAAGGCACUGAGCCCAAAGCUCCUUCCUCGGCUUUGAUAUCUGGGUGGGUCGAGCAGUUCCCGCCAAAGUUGUCAGGUGAGCAGGUCAUCCAGCUGCGUUCCGCCUUUGGAGCGUCCUAUCCGGGUGAAGUGUUGGACCACGAGAACACCCCCGGCAGUCGCAUGUUGGCUCUUACUUCGAAGGUGAUGCAGCCGGGUGAGCUUAAGUGGAUACCCUGGAAGUUUCGGAUGAGCAAGGCUCAAGAGGAAGCUUUCAACCUUCGCCGGCCCUCCAAGGUCCCGAAGUUCGAGGACUUCAUCUACGAUGAGAUUCCAGCUCGAGAACUUCCGCAAGGCCAAGUUGGCGCAUCAUUUCUUCAAGGGGUGCUCGGCCUCAUGUCGGUGUCGGCAUCCUUGGUGCAAGGGGCACAUCUCCACAAUCUUCGCCUCUACGAGCGCAAGUUCAUCAAGUUGGCAUGCUCACGCUUGGAGGGUUCGACUGGCCUCAGACAACCUAACAUCGAGGAGUUACAGGCUGCCGACCGACAUCUCUGGGGUAUCAUGGCUGACUUGGUCAACGUGCACAAGUGGACGUUGAAUGAUGCCUUGACUGAGGUGGUUGAAAUCCGCGGUGAUAUGUCAGCCAUGCUCCAGCCACGUGCAGCUGUCUCUAAGUUUCGGCCAGAGGGCAGGAAGGGUGAUGGCAAGAAGGGCCGUCCCCCUCAGGAGUCUUCAUCUGGCAAGGGUGGCAAAGGUCAGCGCUGGGUUCUCUCUUACCAGGACAAGUCUGGGGCACGCAAGAAUCUCUGUCGUGGCUACAGUUCUCGUGAUGGAUGCAAGUUUGCGAAUUGUCGCUUUGAGCAUUUGUGUCCGGAUGAUGGUGUCUCGCCCGCAGAAGCUCUUCAGAAUGGCGAUUUCUCUUGGGAGACUUGCUUGUAUCUUUUGCAGGACUCGUUCCCUGGUGCAGUUUUUCUUCGCCGUUCACACGUGCUGACUGGGGGUCGACCUGCUGCUCAGUAUUUUAACUUAGGGGCACGCGUGGGGGGUCACGGUGGCAUGUGCUCGGCCACUCUGGAGCAGCAAGAUCUUGUGCGGUAUGUGAACGCAUUUCUCUCGCACCUUUUUCCUGAAGGCACUUGGACGAGCAUCUGUGUUUCUCACAAUGAGUUUGCGCACAUCCACCAGGAUUUCAACAGCCCCGAAUCUCAGAAUUACACCUUCAGCCUGGGGGCCUUCUCGGGCGGAGGCUUGUGGUUGGAAGGCGACGCUUCGGCUUUUCCAGGCUACACCUUGGUGCCGCCUCCAGACAAGGAGGCAGAUCAGUCCUUGCGUGGGGCCAUUGUGUGCACUCGGCGGGCAGGAUUCUCUUUCAAUGGCCGCUUGCGCCACUGCAGCGAACCAUGGGUUGGCGAUCGCUGGGUCGUCAUCGCUUAUACGGCGCCCAAUCCGGAUGCUCUGUCCGCUGAUGACGUCUCUUUGCUGGCGGCUCUUGGUUUUCCCUUGCCUCGCGUGUCGAGCACACCUCCACCGCCAUCUGCUCAAGGCAGUGUCGUUGCAACUCCUGCUCCGGAUGCACAGGUCACGUGCCCAUCACCACCGCUUCCCGAGCAGGUCCUGCCUCCGCACUUUCCUGCCCUGCGACGGAAUCUUUUCCUCGAGUUGUGUUCAGGCAAGAAUCGGCCACUUUCCUCUGCGGCUCUCAGGGCUGGUGUGUCUGUCAUCUCAGUUGAUAUCCUUCGCUCAUGUGAGCAGGACAUCCUCCAGGAUAGCACUUACGAUGCUUUGUUGCGGCUGGGGUUCUCCGGCCAAGUGACACUUGCGCAUGCAUCUCCACCGUGCACUGAGUACAGCCGUCUCAAGUUGCUGGAUAAUGCAGGCCCCCGCCCUCUGCGUUCACCGGACCAUAUGGAAGGUUUCCCAGACUUGAAUGCUGAGGAGAAGCACCGUUUCGAGCAAAGCCGCUUGCUCCUUUUUCGUUCCUUGCACAUCCUCCGCGCUGUGUGGUGCGGUGGUGGCCACAUUAGCUUCGAACACCCUGCCAACAGUCUUGCCUGGCUCGAGAAAGAUACCCAGGCUUUUCUUAAGCACGUUUCCGCCGAUCUCAACUGCAUUGCGGCUUGUCGGUUUGGGGCAGAUUGGUACAAACGUUGGCUCUUUGCUUGCACUUGGCGGGAUAUGCAGGGCUUGGCGUGUGCUUGCAAUCACGCUCCCGACAGCCACCAACAGGUGGUUGGUGCUCGCAACUCGGAUGGCACCUGGGCCUCAGCUGCUACUUCUGAGUUCCCUCCUGCACUGGCGGAGGCGUAUGUGGCUGCUGCGCUGCCCUUGUUCGAGCCGUGUGCAGAUCCAGUUGAUUUGUCCUUGGCCCAGCUCCCCUUCCUUGUACCCAAGAAGGGCAUGCACUCUCCUCCUUUUGGCACGCAAGAUGGCGGCGGCAUCUUUUCCUGCCCUGAUUGGUCUAAGCCCCCUAGCGAUGCUGUGGAUGUCUUUGACGGCUUGCGCCAAGAACUUGUGCAUUACCUGUUGUCUCGCAAGGCACCUCUUCGCCUUCAGGAGCAUGUUCAAAGUCAAUGCGAGGAUGCUCUGUUUUCCGCGGAUGAAGUGCUGGCUCUUCGCGCCAUGUGGUCCUCCUGGUUCACUCGCAAGGGCUGGCCUGCCCCCGAUUGGACAGUUCCACCUUCUCAGCCAUAUUGUCUUCAUGCCCUCUCCGCUUUGUCCCGAGCCAUGGGCGAUCGAGAUGACUUGCUGUUUCCUUGCUUGUUGGAGGGCAUCCCCACUGGUUUCUUCAAUGACAUCCCGAGGAGCAACGUCUUCAUCCCGGUGGAAGACGUGGGCAGCCUGGCCUCCGAUGAUCAACUGCAGAUUUGCGAGAGCAAUUGGCAGGGAGCACGGGAGAACCCUGCUAUCCUGCACGAGUUGGUGCAGAAAGAAGUCGAUGAAGGCUGGCUGGAGGAGGUUCCUCUCUCCGAGGCAAAGCAACGUUGGGAUAAAAUCGCGGUUGCCAAGCUGAACGUGGUCCUUGCUGAAAACAAGAAGCCCCGCUUGAUCAUGGAUGGGACUAUCAGUGGGACCAACCCGAGCUGUUUCAUGAACGAGAAGUACAACCUCCCUGGCUUGCAGGAUGUUCGCUCUUGCUUUCCUCUUCGCGGGUGCCACUCUCAGCACGCAGGUUUCAGUUUGGAUAUCCGGGCCGCGCGCAAAACAAUCCGUAUCAAGGAAUCGGAGCGUGGUCUGUGCGGCAUUAAGCUGGAGGAUGGCCGCCAUUACUGGUAUCGCGUGUGCCCCUUUGGUACGAAUUUCUCAGCUCUUUGGUGGGCGCGGCUUUCAUCCUUCAUGAUCAGGGUUUUCCAUCUUCUAUUAUGGGUCGCACAUAUGCUCAGCAUUUAUGUGGACGAUCUUUUGCUGGUCCAGGAUGAUGCUGUGGUGGCAGUGUUCGGCAGCUUGCUUCUCUCUUUCUGCCAAUCCUUCGGGAUUCCUCUUUCCUGGGCCAAGGUACAACUCAGUCACGAGCUGAAGUGGUUGGGCUGGUGUUUUAACUUUCGCGCCGGAACGUUCUGGGUUCCAGAAGAUAAGCGGUCCAAGCUGCUGCAUCAGAUUCGGGUUCUUCUCAGAAAAGGUCCUGUCGAGAAACAGGCCCUAGAGCAGACCGUGGGUCUGUUGAUGUGGAUAACUCAGGCAUCGGUGCAGCUGCGCCCCUGGCUUUGCAACCUUUGGCGGGACCUUCAACGCCCGGCAGCGACAAACUUCAGCAUCUCUUCCAGUGAAUGGCAGACGCUCAAGGAUCACCUGGAUGAGAACUUGCGGUUCUGUUCUACCCCGCCUGGGACGGCCAUUCCAUGCGGUGCUACCUUGAUCUCUGCCCGACACGUCCCACUUCGCAGCAAGGCAGAUCUGUGCAAGGUCCCUUUGACAACUCGUCGCGUCUACAUGCGGAUUGCUGACCCGCAACACCGGAAGCGGCAUGUGUCCGAGGCGAGCCGUCGCUUCUUGCUCUUCUGGGAGGACUGGUGUCUCCAGUCUCCAUCACUCACAUGCUUGCAACCUUCUUGCAGGGCGAUCUCCGCAACACUUGCAGCCGAUGCGUUUGCUUCCAGCCAGUGCAUUGGGAUUGGGGGCUUUCUUCGUGUCCAGGGUUCCUCGGCAGUUUGGUUCAGUGAACGUUUUGCUCUCUCCGAUAUGCAAUGCUUGGGGGUGCCUCUCGCCCCGGAUGCUCAGAAGAACAUUGGUUGCUGGGAACUGCUCGCCCAGAUGGCCUUGCUCAUCCUCUUUGCGGAGGUCUGUCCGGGUGGUCGUGCUGGCUUGUCGCUCCGCACCUUCUGCGAUAACAGCGCGGCUGAGUCAGCAGGCAAUCGCAUGCUGACAACUUCCAGCCCCCUUUGCUUCUUCGCGCAGCAACUGGCGUGUCUUUCAUUCAAGCUCGGCCUCACCUUGGAUAUCCAGCACAUCUCCGGCUUUCGCAAUACAGAAGCAGAUUUCUUGAGUAGAUGGCAGCCGCCGGAGGAGUUGCAGCACGGAUUUGAGCUCUUGUACAGGUAUCGAUUUCCUGUGGCUCGCAUUUGGCAGUCGCAUCAUGAUGUGCGCCUUUUUCCCGCAGAUACAAAGCUGCUGUGGCAGCCCCCAUGA